UUAUACCUACAGAUCAAAACGAAGUCCCAAUUCGGGAUAAUUUUAUUAUUUACCGAUGAUAUUCCGUAUUAGGAAUUUAUUUUACGCCGACGAUAUUCCUUGACGGGAUGGAUGUUUAAUUAAUGAUCGACGACCAUAUUUCUUUAACCGGAUUACGUUUGAUUUCUUCGAUGGCUUAUCUGUUUAUUUCUUAGCGGAAGAAUUUACAACUUCAUUCAUAACGGCAAAAUGAAUCCAUUCAUAAACAAAUUACAGCAAAACGAAAGCAACCCGAAAACAACACAGGGCCUGUUAUUAUUUUUUAUUGACUAAAGCGGCGUGAGGAUAAAAUCUGGACUUAUGAAAAAAGGAAUAUUGGUUGCAAUAGAAGUAACUUUUGAAAAUUGCAGAAAUUAUGACAUAGUGUAAUAUUUCGCAUGCACCCUAGCAUCAGCAUAAGUUGACAUUCAAUUCGUGACUUUAAUGUCAUUUAUGUUGCUAAAUAUACCAGUGCAUUAUUAUGUAAAAGUACAAAUGUACUAAUUUAUAACUAAACAGCAUGUACUGUUACCUUUAUUGCGCUUAUGCAACAAAGUCACACAAAAGCACAAAUGUACUUUCACUGGACUUAUUAAGUAUUUUAUAAAUGCACGGUAAUUGUUGUUAUGGUGUCCACAGGAAUUUCAUUCACAUUGUCUAAUAACCAAGCUGAACAACGAAAAACAUAUUCUCAUAUUUCACAGCAGUAGAUAUUCUGUGUGAAUGGAUGCGAUAAUGACGUCAUUGAUCCAAAGGCCAAUAGGAACCGUUCUUGUUCGAGAGAACUAUUAUAAAUGGCGAGCGACUUAUUGAUAGAACUAUUAUUUCCACAGAGACCUACGACAGACUGUCGUGAGUGAAGCCAGAAAGUUGUAUAUUGGUAAAUAUACGGGCAUACCGCUUACUGUCAAUCCUUAAUAAUCGUCAUUUAAUUUCAGUCUAGAGAAAGACGCUUAUUCAGAAGCCAUGGCUUUCAAUUUGGAAAUUAAUCCGUUUCUUGUACUUGCGUUCCUCGGGAUGUGCCUUGUAUUUUUAUACAGAUAUAUGAAAGAGUUAUAUUCGACAUUGGAGAAACUUGGCGUGCCAGGUCCGAAACCGGUGUGGGUGUUUGGCAACGUGUUGGAGUUUAAAGGAAAGAACGUAUUAGAUGUAUUUGACGACUGGAAAAAGAAGUUUGGAAACGUCUACGGGUUUUACGAAGGCUUCCGACCAGGAAUAGUUCUGAACGAUGCCGACUUUGCAAGAGAUAUCCUUAGUAGACAUUUUGAAAAAUUUCAUAUCCGCACUAGUUAUCGCCCAUUCAUAUAUUACCCUGACAACCUACGACUUAUUGAAAUCGAAGGCGAGCACUGGAAAAACCAACGAGCAAUUCUAAACAAAAUGCUGAACUCUAAGGGUACCUUAAAACGAGUUGCUGAAAAGAUGCAAACAAGAUCAGACAAGAUGCUUCAAACGGUCGCCGAGGAAAUGAAAGAGCCAACUGAAGGAGUGGACAUUUCCAGAUUAGUAAACAACUAUGUUUGUGAAGGCGUGAUCCGAAUUCUGUUAGAUAUGGACGACGAUCAAAUGACCAAACACAAAGAAGCUAUUCAUAACUAUGAAGUCUGCAGUAAUUGGUCGGCAUCAGCAGAAAACGAAGCUGGAGGGCUAGCUAGGUUAUUUCCAUCUCUUACUCCACUUCUACAACUGACAGAUACAGCACAUAAAGUAUCCCAUGAAAAAGUCGUAGAUAUUCUUAGAGAAUACUUAACAAGUACAGUUGACGGUCAGAACAACAAUAAAUUAAAUGACGAUGACCACGAAAGUUUGCUAUCAUAUCUCCUUUCCUCCAAAGUCCUAUCUCGGGAUAUUGACGGAAGCCUCGGCCGCCGGGGCUUGACAACCGACGAGACAAUUGCUCAUAUAUUGUCACUAUUGAGCGAGAUUUACUCCACGACGACGGCGAUUAUACAGUUUAUUCUGUACGAACUUGCCUGCAAUCAGGAUUGCCAAGAAAAACUUUACGACGAAAUCUGCAGCUUUUGCGGAAAGGAUGGAAAUAUCCCACUGACAUCAUUUCAAGACAUGGAAUACUUUGACAUGUUCUUCAACGAGACAUACCGACAUCAUCCCAUUGCCCCAGGGAUUUCCCGUGUCUGUACUGAGAGUUGUAAAAUUCGGGGCGUGACAUUCAAAGAGGGCAUGGUAGUCCGAGUGAUGACGUCUCCAAUGUACAUGGAUGAGAACUUAUUUGAACAUCCUGAUAAAUUCAUUCCGGAAAGAUUCUCAAAGGAAAACCGACUCGACAGUCAUCAAUACAGCUUUCUUCCUUUUGGUCAGGGUCCAAGAAUGUGCCCGGGUCAACAUUUAGCCAAGAUACAAGUCAAAACAGCAAUAAUCAACAUUUUGAGAAAGUACACACUAUCGCCAUGCAAAAAUACAGAGAUUCCAAUAAAGGAAGCUUUGAGGCCAUCACUUACCCCUGCCAAUGCAGUAUGGCUUCAAAUGACGGAAAGAUUAUAAAGGUCUUUUACAGCGACAUUUGGAGGGUAAGCGGAAAUGCCCAUGAUUUUUUUUGCUGAAAAUCUUCUUCAAGUAUUGUAUUAGAUAUACAGAAAAGUGUUAUGUUUUCGACGCAACGAACUUUUGACGUGACGUCAUUGCAUGUGACGUUAAAAUAAGACUAGUGAGUAGUAACGGAUACCACUUUUGGUUGAAUUUGGCGUUUGAUUCGUACAUUGUAUUAUGUUUUUAUUAAAAGAUAUAAACACUUGUUUGUCUAAACUGUUACAUGUAUAAAACUGUGAUAUUUAAAUAAGUUAUUUAUUCCUGAUAUUGUUUUUAUCAAAUGGCAAAUAUAUAUGUAUAAUUAAAUGUGAUUAUCGUUGUAUUCUAGAUUCAAAA